AAUCUGUAUUGCUUCAUGUCUUCCAUUUGUGAACUCUUGCAGAAAAAGUCUCUAGAGUCUAUAAACUCAAGGCUUCAACUGGUUAUGAAAAGUGGUAAAUAUGUUCUGGGGUACAAGCAGACUCUGAAAAUGAUUCGGCAAGGCAAAGCCAAGUUGGUUAUCCUCGCCAACAACUGUCCUGCUUUGAGAAAAUCAGAGAUUGAGUACUACGCUAUGUUGGCAAAGACUGGCGUGCACCACUAUAGCGGCAACAAUAUUGAAUUGGGUACAGCUUGCGGAAAGUACUACAGAGUGUGCACGUUGGCUAUCAUUGACCCAGGUGAUUCUGAUAUCAUUAGAAGCAUGCCAGAGCAGACCAGUGAGAAGUAAAUGGUGUAAUGCUAUCUGUCUUUCUAUAAUAAAACUGGCUACAAACUUGUUUUAAAAAA